UUAAAUAUCUCUCUCCCCAGCACUCUCUAAAAAUCUCUGAUCACUUCCCGAUCGCCUCCCGGCCGUCGGAAUCCAAAGCAUUGGAUCUCCUCUCCGAUCACCUCCCAUCCGUCGGUUGCUAAUCUUCGCCGCACCACCGCCGGAGACCCUCUGGUCAUUCUCUGGUUGCUGAUCUUCGCCCCAAUCAAAUUGGUGUUGAAAGUUCCAUUCAAAUUGAUGUUCUUUAACCUUUCAAACCUACUAUUAGUGAUUCAAUCCCUCAUUUGUUGCCCUAAUCCGCUUCCCCGAAUCGAGGCUGGAGACUAUGAAAAAACUUUAGAUGGUUUCAUUCAAAUAGUGUUGUUUGAUCCUGAAAAUGGGGAUGCUUGGAAUAAUAUUGGCUGCUUACACUUGAAGAAGAAGAAGACAAAAAAAACUUACGUCAGGUACUUGAAGAAAAAGAAGACAAAAAACGUAUACGUCAUUUUCAAGGAAGCACUGAAAUUCAAGAGGAACCGUUGGGAACUUUGGGCAAAUUAUAGCAAGGUUGCUUUUGACAUAGGUAACAUCGGUCAUUAUUCACGUGAAUGUUAUCAUCUUAAGAAGGAUGUCCGAAAUGGAGAGUGGUCUUGUUUGCUUGCCAAGUAGUUUGGAAAGGGUGUUUAGAUAUCUUGAGCAUGUCUGUGAAUCUUUUGGACAAGGAUAUAUUUGGUUUGCUCUUAACCUUUACUGUGCAUUCAGUUUGUCAAGUUAUACCAGAUUUUUUGUCUAGGUAUCCUUUGGAGUUGAUGAAGGACAAUCUUACUAAAGAAAAGAUUUUGAAGAAUUCAUGGUUAAAAGAUCGAGAUGGUUGAAGAUGAAGAGGAUACACGUAGCUUUUUACUUUUGUGUAAUUAACCCAAACCCAAACAAUAUUUUUGUAAUGAAAGUAUAUAAAUAGUGUUAAACUUUUUAU